AUGUUCGAUCCCAAGACAAAAAAAUUGAGAGUCUUGUUAAGAGGGCCUUCUUUGGCAUUUGGGACUGCAGUUAGUAUGGAUGGCUCGUUUGUCCCGGUUUCUGAAUACGCAGGCAAAAGGAUCCAAAAGUUUUGGCUCACCGGGCCAAAGGCUAACGCAUCAGAAAUUAUCAGGAGACUUUGGGUGGCGGUGAACCGUGAAAAUAGAAUCACUAGACGGAUAAAUCAUAGGGGCAAGCUCAUUGUGCCAAUUGCACUUCUCAUCGACUCAGAUGGCUCUGUGCUUAAUGAGAUUAUUCUUUUGGAUCAAUACGGCAAUUCAUCCAUCACUCAAGUUGAAGAAGUUGCUGGGGCACUCUAUGUAUGA